UCCCACUUGUUUAAAUUUUGCAAUUUAAUCCAACUAUUAACAGUGUAAGCACUGAUGCCUGAAAACCUUGAAUUAACGGCGUUAAUGGAAGAUUUGGGCGGCGAAUCUCCGGAGACUCACGACUGCGUAGUUAAGCUGAGGCUGAAUCCGCGGCGGAGAAAGGAGAAGGUGGUUGUAGGCUGUGGAGCUGGAUUUGGCGGCGAUCGGCCGAUUGCAGCACUGAAAUUGCUUCAGAGAGUGGAGGAAUUGGACUACUUAGUACUCGAAUGCUUAGCGGAACGCACUCUGGCCGAGCGUUCCAGUGCUUUGAAGUCCGGCGGCAAGGGCUACGAUCCUCGCAUUUCUGAGUGGAUGGAGUUGCUUUUACCACUGGCUAUCGAGAGAGGUGUCCGCAUUAUUACCAAUAUGGGUGCUAAGUCUCCAUAUGGUGCUCAAGAAGAGGUUUUACGAACUGCGAGCAAACUUGGGAUUGAUGUGACCGUUGGCCUGGCUUAUCAGUCAUCUGUCUCAGAAAUAGGAGUGGACGGUGAACUGAAAUAUGUCGAUGGUGAUGUUAGCGUGUAUCUCGGAGCAUCUCCAAUUGUUGAAUGUCUGGAGAGAUACACCCCAGAUGUUAUAAUUACCUCUCGGGUGGCCGAUGCUUCUUUAUUCUUAGCUCCAAUGGUAUAUGAAUUAGGAUGGAACUGGGAUCAGCUGCAGCUCCUAGCACAAGGCUCUGUGGCAGGUCAUCUUCUCGAAUGUGGUUGUCAACUCACAGGAGGUUAUUAUAUGCACCCAGGUGAUAAACAUCGAAAUAUGUCCUUCCAAAAUCUCUUGGAUUUGUCUCUUCCAUUUGCUGAAGUUACCUUCGACGGCAAGAUUUGUGUAGCGAAGGCAGAAGCCAGCGGAGGGGUCCUAAAUUUCAAUACUUGCGCUGAACAACUUCUUUAUGAAAUCGGGGAUCCUAGUGCAUACAUUACCCCGGAUGUGAUUAUAGAUAUUCAAGAUGUCACAUUUCAACCAUUGUCCGAGAGCAAAGUUCUCUGUUUAGGAGCAAAGCCUUCACCUGCAUCCAUACCUCAAAAACUAUUGCUGCUAAGAUCAAAGGACAAUGGAUGGAAAGGCUGGGGAGAAAUCUCCUAUGGAGGCUAUGCGUCAAUACAACGUGCUAAAGCUGCUGAAUUUCUUGUAAGGGCUUGGGUGGAAGAAUUAUAUCCUGGUACAAGCAACAAGAUUGUUUCCUACAUUAUUGGUCUGGAUAGCCUAAAAACAUCAUGUGUCGAGGAUUUAUCGUCAAAGACGAGUGAAGAUAUUCGAUUAAGGAUGGAUGGCUUGUUCGAGAAAGAGGAACAUGCAAUCCAGCUAACGAAAGAGUUCACAGCUUUAUACACCAAUGGCCCUGCUGGCGGUGGUGGCAUCAGCACUGGACACAGGAAAGAGAUUUUUCUCGAAAAAGCAUUGGUAGAACGCAAACAUGUUCACUGGCAAACUUAUGCUGCCCGAAACAACAACAUAACCAGCUUAUCAACUACAAAGAACACAAUCCACGUGGGCAAAGAAAAUUCAACCAAAGAAUCGAGGGCCCCACAAAGCCGCCCCACUGCUGCACCAGCUGGCGAAAAGAUUCCUCUCUACAACGUAGCUCAUAGCAGGGUGGGCGAUAAAGGGAACGACCUAAACUUCUCAAUCAUCCCACAUUACCCACCCGAUAUCGAGAGGCUUAAGAUGGUUCUAACACCUGAGUGGGUAAAGAAUAUCCUCUCUCGUCUUUUAGAUCCCUCGUCUUUCCCCGAUUCUCGAGACAUAGAAAGAAGAGACGAGUGGGUUAAUGGUAAUGUUGGGGUGGAGAUCUACGAGGUUAGAGGGGUCCACUCUCUGAACGUUGUUGUCCGGAAUGUUCUAGAUGGCGGAGUUAAUUGCUCUAGAAGAAUCGACAGGCACGGUAAGACUGUGUCCGAUCUUGUGUUGUCUCAGCAAGUUGUGUUGCCACCUUGAUAUUUAAAGCUCGUAUAAAUUUAUGCUUGGAAUGUUGUUCGUAUAAUAAAUUGUACAUUAGUUGAAACGAAGGAUUUUCAAUAAAAGUUAUUUAUACCGAGUUC